AAGAGGAAGGUGUAGCAGUGCUUCCGGUCACAGGCUGUCACACAGGGGAGAGCAGCCCGGUCCAAACAGACCCAGAGAUGUCGGAGUCUCCGGACGCCCGCAGCCUGCUCUCCGCCUCCUCCCAGCUCAACCUGAUGGAGGUGGACACGAUCGAUGACAAGGAGUUUGACAUUCCCCAAGUGGACACGCCUCCCACGCUGGAGAGCAUCCUCAAUGAGCUGGACGAUGAGGAGGAACCUUUCGUGUUGGAGGACACGUGUGUACUGAGCACUGACAACAUGGAUGCUCACUCCUGUGACACGUCCUCUCUGGCCAGCUCUGACAGUGGAGACCCCGCACACCUCAAACGAAAAAGGAGGACAGUGGAUCUGAACGCGACUGUGCAUGGGUCUGUUCUUCGUCACAGCCUGCUAAAGGGCAUCUCUGCACAGAUCGUCUCUGCGGCUGACAAAGUGGAUGCUGGACUGCCGACUGCUGUGACGGUGUCAGGUGUGAUCGCUGUGGGGACGUCUCAUGGUCUGGCUCUGGUCUUUGGAAAAGAUACCAACCAGGCCCUGCGACUCUGUCUGGGUACCAAGACGACGGGGGCCGAGUUCGGAGCCGUCUCCGCCCUCACCAUCAACCACGACUGCUCGCGACUCCUCUGCGGCUUUGCCAAAGGACAGAUUACAAUGUGGGAUCUGGCCAAUGGGAAACUUCUGAGAACUAUCACUGAUGCCCACCCUCCAGGGACGGCUAUACUUCAUGUGAAGUUCACAGAUGACCCAACUCUUGCAGUUUGCAAUGACAGCGGAGGAUCAGUCUUCGAACUGUCCUUCAGGAGGGUGAUGGGGAUGCGCUCCUGUGACUCUCGGUGUCUCUUCAGUGGAUCUAAAGGGGAGGUCUGCUGUAUUGAACCGCUGCGUGCUCCUCCGGACUUCAGAGAUCACCCCAUCACACAGUACUCACUCCUGGCUAUGGCCUCACUCACUAAAAUUCUGGUCAUUGGCCUAAAGCCCUCCCUGAAAGUCUGGAUGACCUUUCCCUACAGCAAGUCGGAUCCGUCCAGUGUUCCUCAGCUGGCCUGGCAGUUUGUUCCCGUUCAGAAGACGGUCAACCCAGUCCUGGCUUUUUGCAAAGGAGACGCAGUCCACUUCCUCCUGGUGAAGAAGGAGGAGACGGGGACCAUCCAUGUCAUCAAACAGAGACAGCUCUACCUCAGCUGUGACAUCAUUAGCGUGAGUUGGAUCAACAGUCGCACGCUGCUCCUGGUCGACAGCCACGAGAAGCUGCAUGUCGUGGACCGGCCCAGUCAGGAGGUUUUGGAGACGCUGGACUUGGAGCAGGUGCAACUGGUCUAUAACAGCCGACAUUUCAAAUCGCUGGCCACUGGAGGGAAUGUCUCCCAGGCUCUGGCUUUAGUCGGAGAGAAGGCCUGCUACCAGUCCGUCUCCAGCCACGCAGGACAGAUUGUCUAUUUGGGCACCAAGUCGGCUCACAUCAUGACUCUACGGAACUGGAGAGAGCGAAUAGACUGCCUGCUGAAACAGGAGCAUUUUGUCGAGGCGCUCUCUCUGGCCUGGUCCUUCCACGAGGGAACUGCGAAGGCUGUGGUCGGCCUCUUCGGAGAUCCGCUGAAAAGGAAGGGAGUGGUAGCUGACAAGAUGGUGGAGGUCCUUUGCCAGUUUGCCGAGCACGCUCUGAAGAAGUGUCCGGAACAAGGCAAGAUCCAAGUGAUGGAGCAACAUUUCCACGAUGUGGUUCCAGUCCUGGUGGAUUACUGCCUGCUGCUACAGAGAGCCGACCUGCUGUUCAGCCAGCUGUAUGCUCGGCUGGUGGAGAACACGGUUGCUAAGGGGGCCUUCCUGGAGUCGCUGGAGACGUACAUUGUCGCCGACCGCCUCGGUCACCUGACCACGCCCAUCAUGAGGGACCUCCUGGCCCAUUACCACGGCAAUGGUAUGAUGGACAGUCUGGAGAGGUGCAUCGUCCAUCUGGAUGUCACCAGCCUGGACAUACAGCAGGUGGUUCAAGUGUGUUGGGAGAACCAGCUCUAUGAUGCGAUGAUCUACGUUUUCAACAGAGGCAUGAACGACUACAUUACACCCAUGGAGAAACUCUUUGCAGUGAUUGGACCACCACUUAGGGAAGGGAGGGGCCUAACAGAUGAGGAGGUGGUGAUGGGGAACAAACUCCUCGUAUACAUAAGCUGCUGCCUUGCGGGGAGAGCCUACCCCCUGGGAGACAUCCCUGAAGACCUUGUGGUUCAAGUCAAGAACCAGGUGUUUGAGUUCCUGAUCCGCCUCCACUCCGCUGACUCGUCAGAGGAGGAGGACGUUUUCCCGUUUAUCCGUACACUCCUCCACUUUGACACCCGGGAGUUCCUCAACGUCCUCGCCAUGACAUUUGAAGACUUUAAAAAUGACAAGCAGGCCCUCGAGUACCAGCAGAGGGUAGUGGACAUCUUACUCCAGGUGAUGGUGGACAACCCAGACUUCACUCCGUCCCAGGUGGGCGGGCUCUUCACCUUUUUGGCUCGACAGUUGGCCAAACCAGACAAUACGCUUUUUGUGAACAGGAAGCUCUUUGAUCAGGUUCUGGAUUUCCUGUGUUGCCCUGACGAUGACUCCCGACACACAGAGAGGCAGCAGGUCCUGCUGGAGCUGCUGCAGGUCGGGGGCGUGGUCCAGUUCAAUGAGGGACGGCUGCUGGCUUUGGCGGAGAAGGCCAAGUUCUACCAGAUCUGUGAGUUUCUUUAUGAGAAUAAACAUCUGUACGACAGGAUCCUCGACUGCUACCUGAGAGACCCCCUCCGAAAGGUGGAGAUCUUCAGCUACAUCCACAAUCUGCUGUCCAUGCCCGGCUACAGCCCCGAGGAGAAACAAGCAGUCAGGGACAAAGUGCUACAUCACAUCCAGGAGCUGGUGACCCUUGACCCCAGCAAGUCAGCUGACGUGGUGGUGUUUCACUUCACCGAGGAGGUGCAGCAAAUCAUCUCUGAGCUUGAGGAUGACAAGCUACUUUUCCAGUUCCUCAGCUGCCUCCUGGAGCCCCGGGAAGGGCAUCAUUCAGACCUGCCUCUGGAACGUGACCUCCACGAGCGCCUGCUGGACCUACUGUGCCGCUUUGCGCCCCGGGAGCUCCUGAGUUUCCUCCAGACCUCCCAGCACUACAGACUGGAGGAGGCCAUACAAAUCACAGAGAAGCACCAUCACAGUGAGGCCACGGCCUUUCUGCUGGAGAGGAAGGGAGACGUCCAUGGAGCCUUUUCUGUCUUGUUAGAGACACUCAUGGAAAACCUGCGUCUCCUCACAGCGGAGAGCGACGCAGGAGACGAGAGAGGCGACGAUUCAACGCUGACCAGAGUGAAGCGUUCGCUGAAUGACAUCAUCGCCUUGUGUCACCGAAGCUCGCACAACCUCGUCCAGCAACAGAGAGAGGUUCUGUGGUUUCCACUUCUGGAGACCAUGAUGGCUUCUCAGAAACUAGUGAAAGGCUCCAAUGCCAAACACACCUCUGAGGUGCUGAAGGAGCUGACGAUGAAGGUUCUCAACUGUAUGAGCAGCUUCAUUCCUCUGCCUGCCAUCAUCCAACGAAUACUGCAGGACCCGGUGUAUGGAAAAGGAAAGCUGGCAGAGAUCCAAGGCCUCAUUCUGGGAAUGCUGGACACGUUUAACUAUGAACAGACUUUACUCGAAACGACCACCAGUCUGUUGAACCACGACCUCCACUGGUCCCUGGCUCACCUGCAUGCUGCCGUCACAAGGGGGCUCCACCCGCGCCAGGACCACUGCAACAUCUGCCUGCAGCAGUACAAGAGGAGGCAGGAUUCGACGGAGGACAUCAUCGUGUUCAGCUGUGGCCACCUGUACCACUUCCAGUGCCUGCAGCAGAAGGACUGUGGCUGGGGCCUCGCCUCGGAGCGGCAGCAGCGGUGGAGCUGCUACAAGUGUUCGUCCAGACAAGGAGGAAAGGGAGGAGGCUCUUCAGCCGAAGCGAGGAGAGGCCGCGCCGCAUCCCUGGCACAGACUCGUGUUACAUCAGUGGCAGGAGCAGAAGCUCACGGGAAGAAGGUGUUUGUUGAGGCGUCAUUGGACCUUCAGCAGGAACAGUCCUGGGAUCAGCUACGCUGUUUGUACCGAGGACCAUCCAGGUUGUCCAUCCUCUCAGAACUCUCCCACUGCCAUGGCAACGAGAAGACGGGGCCCCUGAUCGCGGUCCAACCGGGAGCAGAGAGUUUCCAGCUCAAACUCUCUCCUCCGCCUGUGUUGGAGGAGUAGCACCGGGACUUUGGCUAAAGGAUCAGUGUUUCCUUCCGUUAAUCUUCAUUUGCUCAGACUUGAGUCAAGUCAAGAAUUGGAUAAAAACAGGAAAACCUGCUUUCUUCUAAUUUCAGUGCGGAUUGUAAAUUUCUUCUUCUUUUUGUUGUUGUGUCAGAUUUGAUUUUGUACAAAGUUCUGUUAAAUAUUGACGUUCCUCUCUCUACACGUCGAUGUAUCAUAAUGUCAACCCCGCUAAUAUUUGUUGCUAAUGCUGGGUAAAGUUUUGUCCGGAUCACCAGCUCUGACUUUUGCUAAAUCUUGAUAAUUAGCUACACUUGGCCUCACCUCUCAUACCCCUCUUAACGCUGCUGCCACAUUCAGGAGGUUGUUUUGGAGAAACCAUAAGGAAGUUGGGGAAUGGAAAAUCUUUCCCUGUGAGACUCUCGUUCCCGUUAAGAAUUUCCACUUUGAAUUUCAAGACUCUAAGGCGAAUCCAAAAAGGACGAAUCCAUUUUUGAAAUGAUUUUUCAAGAUGGUGAACUUGUGAUACCUUGAGCAGCGAGAAAGGAAAAUUUUUGAUGACUGUUCUUUCUCUCUGCUCAAUAAACUGACAUCCAUGUACUAAUCCCCACACACCUA